UCCGUCUGGCCGUCUGGCAGGCUGUCUCUCUCGCACUCGCCGGCCGGGCCGCGCGGCGCGAGAGAGACGCGAAGAAAGAAGGAGCACGCGUUGACGGUGUGUCGGUCCGCUGGGUCGCGCACGCGCUGACGAAACGAGACGUCCUGAAGCGGUGCAGGCCCCUCCAAUAUAAGCGACGCGCCGCAAACGGAGGGCAUUACAACCCCGACAGCAGCCAGGCAGCACAGCAGUGCAGCAGCUAACACAGCAGACAGUGAAGAGUGAAGCAGCGAAGCCAAGCCGACACGAUGUCCCACUUCAGCAAGCAGACCGUGGUGUUCGCGUCCGUGGUGGUGCUCCUCAUCAUGUUCCUGUUCCCCGUGGUGGUGGUCCGCCUGUUCAUCGUCUCACAGGGCUUCGACGGACUGCACCCCAGCCAGGUGGACGUCACUAUUAACCUGAAAUCCAAUGGGACGACCUGGAACAACACUGAUAGUGAAUCCUCCAGCUGGGCUCCAGUGCCCCAGUCCACUUUGUCCAGUGGCCUUCCAGACUCCAGCACCGCCUCUCCAGUGCCCCAGUCCACUUUGUCCAGUGGCCUUCCAGACUCCAGCACCGCCUCUCCAGUGCCCCAGUCCACUUUGUCCAGUGGCCUUCCAGACUCCAGCACCGCCUCUCCAGUGCCCCAGUCCACUUUGUCCAGUGGCCUUCCAGACUCCAGCACCGCCUCUCCAGUGCCCCAGUCCACUUUGUCCAGUGGCCUUCCAGACUCCAGCACCGCCUCUCCAGUGUCGCGUGGCCUUUCAGACUCCAAAAUCCGGGCCCACAACGGACUUCUCAUGAAGAGGCUUAUCCAGGCUUCUUCACAAUGAAGAUUUCACAGCAAAAACCCCAACACUGUUAAAAAUGUUCGAAACAUUUUUUCUUGAACAGUGUGGACUUUAAAUGCGCGAUGACUGUCCAAAAAUGUUGCCAACAUGGCACUGCUAAAAAUGCGCUCUGCAUUUUUAUGAUCAGUGUCGAUCUCAACGGCAUGAGGGCUUGACUGAUCCUACGAACGGCUUAAGAGCGCUCAGUGGUGCUCAAAAUAAUUAAUUGAUAGUUUGCUGGUCUGACAAGACCGCGUUCCGACUGACUAGCGAAUAUGUAUAAUGUUAAGUUAAUUUUAUCCCUAGGACACCCAGGUGCAGCAUGCCAAAAUGAUCUCACAAACUCCAUUCCGAUGUCAAAAUUAUGUCCAAUUGAUUCUAUCUGGAUUGUAGUGUGAUAUGGCUGUCAAAUUGGUCUGACUUUGACAUCACGUCUUGACUUUCGUGUUCUACCUGGGGCGAUGUCUUUAUG